AUUGCCCCACGUAAAGGUAGACCUUUGCUUGAAGCUGUGGCUUGUGUUGGUAACAUCGCGAAGGCAAUGGGAUCCACAGUGGAAACUCAUGUUCGAGAUCUUUUAGAUGUUAUGUUUUCCUCUAGUCUCUCUUCUACACUUGUUGACGCUCUUGAUCAGAUAACCAUCAGCAUUCCUUCUUUGCUGCCAACGGUACAAGAUCGGCUUCUAGAUUGCAUUUCGUUGGUUCUUUCAAGAUCCCCUUAUUCUCAAACAAAGCCUCCUGUUCCUGUUGUCCGAGGUAGUACAGUGGGCAUGGCACCACAGUCUUCUGACCCUAGUUGUUCAGCGCAAGUUCAACUAGCCCUGCAGACUCUUGCUCGUUUCAAUUUCAAGGUCGCCGCUCUUUGCUGA